GAUAACAUCCUUUUACGUGGCUUUUCUUGCUACGCAUGUCAAAAAUAUCAUUUCCUCUUCUUGUGCCAACAUGGCGAUGCGAAUUGCUUUGAUUGUGGCUUGCGUUUUGCAAGUAUCAAACGCACUGUACUUUCACAUUGGUGAGACGGAAAGAAAAUGUUUCAUCGAAGAAAUUCCAGAUGAUACCAUGGUAGUCGGAAAUUACAGAGUGGAAGUGUUUGAUUCAAAGAUAAAUGCAUUUGUCCCAACUGUUUAUGGGCUAGGCAUGCAUGUGGAAUGUAGGGAUCCAGAUGACCGCAUUAUCCUGUCGAGGACAUAUGCAGCUGAGGGCCGAUUCACAUUUACAUCUCACACAGCUGGGGAGCAUGUAAUCUGUCUCAAUUCAAACUCUUCGGCCUGGUUCAACGCUGGACAGUUGCGCGUGCAUCUAGACAUCAGCGUAGGUGAGCAUGCCGUGGACUACCAGCAGGUACAGGCCAAGGACAAGCUGACAGAGCUUCAGCUGCGCGUGAGGCAACUGUUGGACCAGGUGGAGCAGGUCACCAAAGAGCAGAACUACCAGAGGUAUCGGGAGGAGCGAUUCCGACAGACAAGUGAAAGCACAAACCAGCGUGUUCUGUGGUGGUCCAUUAUCCAGACACUAAUACUCCUUGUCACAGGAUUUUGGCAGAUGCAGCACUUAAAGAGUUUCUUUGAAGCCAAGAAACUUGUAUGAGGGACACAUAGUAGUGUCCUUUUUAUUUUUUCUGUUAGUUUUUUUUGGGGGGGAGGUUCAAAUUCGAGAACUGUUCAAAGCCAUCAUUUUAGGUUCCAUGGGUAUAACAUUUUAAUUUGACUGGUGUUCAGACUUUGUGAAGACUGCUGCAGUGUGAAAGAUUUAUUUAAAAUUGCCAGUGAUUCAGUUAAGAAAAAAUGAGCCCAAUGAAGUAAAGAUCUUCUUUCCAAUUUUUUGUUGGUUUAGUUGAACAGUGUUUGUGGAGUGGUUGUAUUGUAGUGAGCUUAUUUCGAGUUUGUGUGAUGUGUGUGUGUGUGUGUGUGUCUGUCUGUGUGUACUUGAUGAAUGUGCUGAUGUAUGCAUGAAUAAAUGAACAUUCCUUGUUUGGUUUGCAAGUGGUAGUCCCGCAAUAUAUCUUCUUGGUUUUGUUUCCUUUUUUUUAUGAUGGCGUUGGUGUUUUUUGCUUUCAAGACUUUAUCAAAUGCGUAUGUUGUGUUGACUGGGGAGCAUUGGGGUGGAAUUUUUCAGUUUCAUUGUGUGUGGGAUAGGGGAUUGUAUACUUUGGUCAUUAUAUGUCUGUGUUGUGUUGUGCUGAUGUCAGUAUCACCCUAUACUUUUAAAUACUUAAUACAAAAGAGUCUGCUUCAAUACAGAGGUAUAAUAGUAAAACUGCAAACUUUGUUUAGAAGAUAUGAAAGUAGAGAUUGGAUCUGUUACUUUCAAGAGAAUCUCCUCUUUUUAAAAAAAAUGUGGGGUUAGAUAAAGGGACAUGAAAUAAGCGCUCAAAAUGCCAAGAAAAUGGCACUGUGAAAGACCCUAGUCAUUAAUUUGCAAAACAGACUUCGUGUUGCUGGUUUCUGUGUGUCUGUCUAAUACGAGAUCACCUUUCAUCCAUUCUGUUUGUUUUGUCGUAGCAGCAGAGCAUUUCAAUGCAUGCAGCCACAAUAAUGACAGUUGUCAAGGGUGCCUUCAUCUCUAAGGAGACUUAUUCUUUGAAAUUGAUUGUCCCAUUAUUCUUUAAUGGUUUUCCUUUGUGAAAGUAGUGCUUUUUAGAUUGUCUUGUAACAUUUUACGGGUGCACACUGGUUUUUCAUUCUGUUGAUGCUAAAGUGCUGUUCAACUACUCAUACUUCUAACGAGCCCAAAGAAAUGACAUGGCUUAGAUUUCUCAAAAUGUCUUUCGAAUAAAAUGGAAGACAACUAUCUUUUAACCUUUGAAAAUGAUUAUCUUUCUUGCAAACCACUGCUUUAAAUCGCAUUCAAGUAUGAAUUACCACAAAAAUGCCCAAGUUCACUGAUUAUCUGCUGUUGGGUGAACAACUCCAAUUAGUGUAUUAAAAAAAAUCAAAUUAUACGGUGAUGUUAGUGGCAGACAAGGCAACUCUACUGGUUUAGUUUUUCCAAUUUACCCUGGGCUGACCUUUUUGAGCACAUUUUGGAGAAUUUGUUCUGCACUUGUUUGAUGUCUGUAAGUGUCGCGUUUUUUGUGCUUUUUUUUUUUUCAAGGAUAGUUUUACUGUUUGACAUUAUCCAAGGUAACUUGUUGUUUUGGAUUACAUCAUGUCAGCUAAUGGCUUUUUUUAUGUUGUUACUAGUAAAGUGACCCUUCAGUGUUUUAAUUUAUAUACAUACAAGAUAAUCUCUUUGUUGCUGUGAAUUUCUUUCAUCACUACAAGUAAUUUGUCUCUGACUUAGAGUAUAAAUAAAAGAAAAAAUUCCCACA